AUGCCGGCCAUUAGCUGCGACACGAAUCCCACUCCAAGAUCAGAGAAAGCCAGACUAAGGAACAGGUUCUUGACGUUGGCUGGUAUUGACGAAGCUUUGAAUAAGGCGCGAAUUACUAAAAUAUUUCCAAGACUUGUCACGAGAGAAAACGCGAAGUUUGAAACAGAGAGAAAAGAAGAAAGUUUCUCUGUAACGGGCAAGUUGUAGAAAUUCUUCCAACGUUCGAUUGCAGUACUGUUCCGCCAUUUUUUACCUUGCCGGUUGUUUUUCAAGCAUUUUACAUUAGUUACCUGUUCUCUGUUCCAUUUUUAAAAUAGACGACUUCUUUGACGCUCGAUGUUAAUUUAGACGGGUUAAUAUGCCUCAAACGCACUGUGUAUUGUUUGUAGAGCACAGGGUUGUAAGGUCGUUUAUUAACAUACAUAAUGAAAACACAACGUUUAAAAUGUUCAAUACAUGGUUCGUUUCCAUCAAGUUCCAAUUACCUCUUUGUUGAUAACUGAGAUGCGAAAAGUUUCAAGCUGGGAAAGAUGUGCUUAUUUAAUCUAAAACGGCUGGUUUAACAAUAGAAGGUUAAAUCAUUCUAAAAACUUGAAACGGCGAGGUUUUUCUCUCAAUUUAACCGACGAGCCGAAAGUCUUUGAAACAUGAUAAAGUAGUGAUGGAUUUUUGAAGUUCUAUUCCUUUUUAAAAUUUUAAGCCAUCCGACGCAAACUUUCAGUUUGAAAAAUUUAACACCUGUUUCGUAGUUUAAUGUGACGUCAGCGAGGAUUUGCGUUUUCAAAGCCGGUAGGGUUUCUGGAAGGGACUGGAACCAAAUAUUUUGGGCUGUUCUCGUCUUCCUUCUUUUUUCUUUUAGAUAACUCUCAAAUGUAAAACUCGCUAUGUUAAAGUCUGGAUGGACCACCGUACAGCGAGCGCGACUGGCCUUCCUCUUUUGUUAACUCAUUUCUUGUCAAAAUGCUCUUUUUUUUCCUUGUUUUUUUUUUUAACCUUUAUGCUUAAUACAAGCAACCACAGUACAAAGAUUUUUGUACUUUUGUCCAUAUAUCCAGAAACUUCCUUACAUGAACACAUUUUGUGAAUGGGUGAACUUCUUUCGCGCCCCGCGAUUACCUUUUCAUUGAUUUUUGGAAGGAGAAUGUGAAAUAUAAAACAAAGAAAGCAAGGCGGGAAGUUCUUCUUUAGCGAGUAAAUUUUAGCAAAAAAUUCACCGCUUGAGAGCAGCACUGUUCAGCCAUGGUUUAACUUACUAGUAAAUUUACAUGAACUUUUCGUUCAAAAAAUAUCUACAACUGAAUAAUUAUUCCCUCGACCGUAUCAUGUAGCUUUGCAGUACAGAACUGCUCGGUCAUGGUUAAACCUGCCAGAUGAUUUACUGUGUGUGCCUUUAGUUUAAAGGUCUCAAUCAGACUCAUCGGUUAUAGGCUAAUUUUGUUAAACAGCUGGAGACAAAAGGCUUGAUUGGUCAGUAAAUAUGAAGGCCCGUCAUGGUCAAAAUUGCGUGAUUAAUUUUUCCCUCUUGAUGAAUUAAUUUGAUGAGUACCUGCUAUUAAUAUUUUGUCUGUUUGUAAUUAUUUUUAGCUAUGCCAGUAAUUAUUUUCGUGUUCUUUUUAACUUUUCCAUGCGUCAUAAUUAUGUUUUCCUCACCAGGAAUUAAUUUUUUUAUGUGCCGUCUAUAUUAUUAUGUUUCUUGGAAAUUAUUUUUGUCCAUUACGCAAAUUAUUUUACGGUUGCUGAUUAGUUUUUUGUCUGCUAUAAUUAUGUUUUUUGGAUAAUUAAUUGAUUUUGUUGUACGUUUCUCAUAAUAUAAUGAUAAUUUAAUUUUUUCCAUUCGAGAAUUAUUUUUCGUUAGUCAUAAUUAUUUUUUCGUAGUUUUGGCAAAUGUCCCAUAAGCCUCUACGGUAAUGCACCUAAAACAAACAGGCGGCUCGUACUCGUCGGUCACGUGCACUGGUGUUACGAGAGAGAAAUGAACGUGGGUUCGCGAUUUUCUUAAAGAAUCUAAAAAGCGUUCUUAAUCUGUUGGCUAGUGCUGAUAAGUUAGAGACAGACGUUCUGAUUCAAACGAGGAGUCGAUUAGAGGAUGCUUCGGCACGUUGUCAUUCCUGCUGAAUGACAUGUCGAAUGGUUUCACAAAUGCUACUGGUAUUCCGUCGAAUGCGAUUCAAGUUCCUGUGCAGCACCUGAAGAAUUCUUUAACCUACAUAACUGAUUUGCUUUCAAGUCGGAUAGAAUGCCGCAACAAUGUAGAUUUUUGACUCACUGGAUAUAUCUUAUUCUGCACCGCUGGAUCUUUCACAGACAGGACGAGGUCGCAAACGCUAUGAAAUAACUAAAGACCAACUCAAACACUUACGAUCGCUUUGUUUUUCUUUGGGAAGUAAUUGCUUGCAUUCUUCAGGUUAGUCUUUCAACCCUUCAGCGGCGACGAUGCAACGCACUCGCCCAGCUUGGCCCGCAAAAACAAAACUGAGAAGGAGUCUAGACUGCUCAAGAAUAGCGAAGGAAAUCGUGAUGAUGAGUGGUAUUUUUGUAGAGGGCAGGAGGCAGACAUUGCUUUAUUCUUUCAAGAGACAAGAAUAAGAAAGAUCAGAAAAAUAUUUGAAGAAAACUGUUCGACUAUUGCCCGAAACAGGGCGAUCACAAGCAACGAACCUUGAAAGACAGAAACAAACAAAGUGGAUCGAAAUGCACCAAUCACAAGUAAACAUUUGUUUCCUAAGAGGUCCGCUAAGAUGAUUGACGGAACAGAAAAACUCAAAAUUCUUUCGAAGUUUUCAAAACACGCAGCCCAAUACAACGAAUUUAGCUAUAAGAUCUCCAUAAACGUGCACUUCAUCCGAGGGAACAGCAAUGUUUCGCGGUGCAUAAUUUUUCAAGCCUUAGCGUAUUUGUUUGUUAUUACAUGCAGUGUUCAGAGUGUGACCCCAGCGAUGAUGAUGACGAAAUGGAAGUCGAUACUGAGGACACCACACCCAUUUCUCAAGGCCGCCAAAGACGGGUCAUCAAAGAACCUACUAAAUUCACUCCAGACAAGGGAGAGGUAAGUCAGGUUGCAUCAGGAAUACAUGUUGCAAACUACUUUCAUCUGUCUACUGACUCAAGCCUGACACAAUCGGAGUUAACCGCUGGAGACAUUAAAUGCAAUUCUGACUUUGGAGCUUGUAGGUGGAGCCACGUGACCAUUUGAGUAGAAGCUACUCGGCAGUUCUUUCCUGUGGAAUUGGUUAUUAAGUUGUGCAAGGCGAUAAAUUCUACUAUCUCUGUCUGAUCUCGGGCGCAGUCCCCUCUCAUCAGUUCUAACCUAAAUUCCCUUCUUUUGAGUAACUCGGGUGAGGGCUGUCUGAUUCAUGUAGCCCUGCGCUUCUUCAGGACCUCUAUUGUCACUACUCCCCAUAUCCUACAGCUUUUAUUGUUCUAAGGAGUUGGGGCAUUGCCGACCCCUGCAUGUUUUUUGUCGUGAAACCACUCAUUGAUCCGGUAGGAAAAAUGCGUUAUUGUACAUGGGUGUGGUCAACAUGGCUAGAUAUUGGCCAAUAAAAACGCAAAAAAGAACGAUGAAUACCCAGCCAUCUUCAUGGAACAAGCUUGAUCAAUAUUCAAAGGAUUAAUUACAUGGCCAAAAAGAGAACUUAUUAUUGCGGGACCAACACCGAGCGUGCAGGAGGGGCUCGUCUUUCCCUCUCACAUGGUUACUAUCGGUCAGGAAAUGGUUAGCGAAAAUUAUUCUUCAAGGCCAGGCAAGAGUCAGAGAAUUUCACUUUGACCAAGGGAAAAUUUAAGUCCUUGAAAUAAGUCAAGAUAAAGUGAAAUUUUAAGAGUACACAUUUUUUUUUAUCAAUUCAUGGACACUCCACGUGACUUGCUGAAAGCAUAAAUCAGUCGUGGAGAGGAUUGCUGUGAGGGGUGGGGGGGGGGAGGGGGGCGGUUGAGUCCAUCAAAGACUAAUUUCUGAAUUUGUUAAUUCAUUUGGUCAGGGAAAUUUGCAGUUCUCAGGGAAUUUCAGAAACCUAUACACUUCUGUCCAUUUAGAAAUACAAUGUUUGAUGCAACUACGCGUUCAUCUUAAACAGAUUCCUCAGAAAACUUGUGCAUUUAUUUGUGGCCGUUUACUAAUCAAGAUCUGUGGUUGAUUUUCGCAGAAGCCAAAAUUAGAAGAAAGCUCUGCGCCUGCAGCGAAAAGAGGAAGGCGCCCUGGGCGAAGAAGCAUAGAACCACCUGAAAAGAAGAAGAAGCCUGAAGACUCUCGCACUGAGUGUUGUGUUUGCAAACAGAGCGGCACCAAUUCUAAUCUUGUGAGGUAUGCUGGGAAGUUCACCAUUGUCACCGAGACAAUAAUGCACCUUGUUUACACCCCAGAAUUUGGCAUAACCAUUGUCUCCGAUUUCUCUUGGGACGACUGUUAUACCUAGGAGAAAUUAUGGUGCAUUAUGGUCUUGGUGAAGGUGGUGAAGAUUUCAACGUUUCUUAAGUCACCGCAGAGCGCAGAAGAGUUAUACAGACCUUUCUCCCACCCUGAAAUUCACUCUUCUUUGUUUGUUUGCUUUUAUAUUUCGUUGUUGUUGUAAUAUUUGUAAGCUUAUCUCAACUUUAAUGGUCACAUUUUCUACCCCCCUCCCAAUUUCCUCUGCUUUUAAAAUCAAAUAUGGCGGUUUCUGCAGACUUAAGGAGCCUGAUCAGUGCCAGGCCUGAUGACAUUGUUUAUUUAUUUAUUUACUCACUUAUUUAUUCUUUACUACUUUUAUGCAGAUGCGACCAGUGCAAGCUUUGUUAUCACUUCCAAUGCCUUGAUCCUCCGAUAAAAGUAAGUUCAGUUUUAAAGGGCGUAUGUCACGAGGAUAUCGCUUUUUUAGGUCAAUUCUGUGCUGAAGUCAUUACUUUGUGCCUGACUACACACAAAGUGCUUUUACAGAGAUAUGAAUAAGAUAUCAAUCAAAUUUCCUCAGCGAGCACAAACCAUCUGCCCACCAACCCCUCCCCUAAGCCAACAUUAACAUUUACUUCUCACUUAAAGCAAAAUGUUGGCUUAGGGGAGGGCUAGGUAGGCAGAUUCCUAGAAAUGUAUAAUGAUCCAGCAUUUUUUGUUGGUUUUUGCAGGUAUAGCAAAAAAAAGAUGGCCCACUUUUUAAAAACUUUUAAUCCAUGUCAAUCCUUUCCAUCCGUAGCAAUAGUGAAUAGCUAGGAAACGGCCUAAAUAUAAGCUUGAAUAACAAAACUAAACCAUAAUUUUUGAAAUUAUUUUGAUGCAAAGACCCUUUUUUACUUUUUUACACGAUAUCAAAUAGCGUACUAGUUUUACAAAGCCUGAAUACCACGAGCCCUGUGAUUGGUCGUUGUCUAUGAAAUAUUAGAGUACAGACAUACAGACGACGUCACGGGGAAAAUGUUUUUCUUUAUUUUGUCCAACAAGUUGCUCGGUUUUGAAAGUUGUCGCGAGAUUAUUUCGAAUUGAGCAAGUAAGUCCUCGAAAAUAGUUUAUCACGAGCUGUUUACAAGAAAAAGGAAAAACCCGAGACGAAGAGUAUUCUUGGCGACUUGAAAUGGCCUCAACUGAAAGAAAUCGUCUCGGUCGCAUGUUGCCGUGCGUCUGUUCAGUAACAGCUCACAGAGUAACACGUUAUCAUAAAGCUGCAACCUUUACUUUGUCGUGACUGUCACACUACGUUCCUCGUUCAAAAUUGUUAGUACAAAGUUGAGGUGUACUUCUAACUUUUAAGCCUGUGGAUAAAAUCCUUCAGUUUGACCAUUUAAAUGAAACCCAGUCAGCUGUCCUAUCACAUGAUAGUGUUUUGCAAAACAAAUUUGGAGUUAUCGUUAUUUUUUGUCUACUGUCUUGUAGGAUGGAAAGAGCUCCUUUUCGUUAAGACUUAUCUUACUUUUUAUUUUUAUUUUGCAGGCCAACCCCAAGACGCGAGGAUACCUGUGGUUCUGCACAGAAUGUGACGAAUCGGUAAGUGAUUGAGAACUUUGGAUAACACGAGGAGCAAUAUUUCAUACGAUACCCGUGGGGGGGGAGGGUACCCCAAAGGAUAUGGUUUUUGCGCCGUUUUGGUCUGAAAACGGGUAUGGUUUUCGAGGGAAUGCAUGAACGUAUUUGUCGUUUCAACGGAAUAAGAAAGAAAGAGUAAUACGCGAAUUCGAGGUGGAUUUUAAGAAAAUAAAUUUCAGUCGUUUGACUGAAAUAAACUCCCGCUAUUUCGGACUCUCACUUAUGAAAACACCAACUGGAGGUCCCUGCAAUGUCCGGUAAUGAUAACAUAAUUUCUGCCUACGCCAGGUCUGAAAACGGGUGUGGAAAAUGUCAAUUUUGGGGUGUGAAAUUGGGUCAGGAUUUGGAGAACCGGCCGGCACACCCCCAUCACGAAUUCCCAGGAAUACCCCUCCGGGGGUACGAUAUCAACCUGCCGCUUCUAAGCCCUGGGCUAAUACCCCUCCUCCGCAAGCGGUUCUAGGAGGGGGCCGUUGCGGGGGAAGGGGGUGUGGGUGGCUAAAAAAUUACUGAGAAGUUCUUUGUUGUGGUGCUGUUUAUUGGUUAAAGCCCAUUAGCGUUACCAUUUAAGUACGACCACUACUAUACAGAAAGUCUUUACACUUUGGCAUGUUGAUUUUGUUUGUUAGGAAGAGGAAAGCGACGAAGAUGUAGAUGUAGAAGAUAUGAGUACAACUGACGCUAAAACAGAAAAAUAUGACAAAGAAACAGAGCAGAAAAACAGUGAAAAGAAUGAAAAGAACGCGGAUGAAGGAAAAGACGAAGGAGACAAAAGUGUAAAGAAAGACAAGAAAAAGAAAGAGGAAGGAGUUGAAGAUCAGAACAAAGCGGCUGAAAAAGACAUGCAAACAAAUGUAAAUAAAGCCAUCAAAGAGAAAGAAGAACAAAAGGGAGAAUUUGAGAAAGCAGACCAAUCCAAGAAGGUAGACGGAAGUAAAAAGAAAGUAGACUCGAGAGAAGCAGAAGAUGUAGAAAGAUCAAGUAAAGAGCCAAAAAACAAGAUGAAACGAAAGUAG